AUGAGACGACGACAGAAACACCAGCGGUCCUUCCAAAGACCGCGUAGUCCGCCAGCAAAACUAAGUAGAAAUGGUCUUUCCAUUCUAACAGAUCCCGGGGACGGAGGAACGUACAACAUUGGUGUGACGCAGGACAUCACCCUCCCAGGUCAAGCAGCGCCCAUUUCCAUCCAGAAUAAAGACUCGGAGGGCAAAGCAAUCACCCAGACUUUCGAAGUUCAGGCACCAAGGUGGUCUUUGGAGGCAAAAGACAUCCAUUCGACGUACCCACCCCAGGGCCACGCCGAUGAUCCUCGAAUUCUUCCGCACGUCGUCCUUAAUGAUCCCCACCUGCCCUGGGAGAGGUCCGUUGGAGAGGAGGACGAUGGGUUUAAUCAAGUUCCCUGGCUUGCUGUGCUUGUCUUCGAGCCGGAUGAGUUGCAAGUCGGCCAGGAAGUCUUGCAGGGCAGGAAGCUUAAAGUGUCACCAACUCGCGCAAUCUCCGUGACGAUUCAAGACAUUCUCGACACGAAGAAUGCUUCUGUUCCUAUCGACAGCAUCGACAGCACCGACAUAUCCCUUGAUAAGGCAACUUCAACCAACGCGAUAUUUUUGAAAUCCUCCCUUUUUUGGCCACUGUGGGAUCUCGAACCCAGCGGUCCUCCGCAAAUCAAUCUGCAGAGGUACAAAUACCUCGCCCAUGUACGAGAGGUAAACAGCAGUGGCGGGGCAAUUACCAACUUGGGGGAUGAAAACGGCCUCUACAGCAUCGUGGUCUCCCACCGAACAGGCCCGCUGUCCAACGCCGUUCCAAAGACAGUCAUUGCCCAUCUGGUCUCCCUCGAUGGUCUCAAAGAGAACAUUCAUCCCACAAAUAUCAAGGACUAUGUGGGACUCAUAUCACUUUUUAGCUGGCAGUACCAAUGCCUUCCCCCAUCAUCCGUCGACUUUCCAAGCCAAAUGGAGUCCAUGGGACUUCAAGCGGCCAUGUUACGCCCAACAGGCUUCGACACGGUGCACGACAAUCCAUGGUUGAGUGCCCGGCUUGCCAACGGGUACAGCAUGGUGCGACAUCGCCUAGCCAACGGCGAAACUACUGUUGCCUUCAUGAGGGGGCCAUUAUCCCCAGUACCGGUGCCAUACCCCAUCCUACCUAGUAGAGCAGCAGGCAGCGGACAGGAUGCCGGAGCUUGGCCGAGCGAGUCCUUCUACUCUACAGACUACCAAAUACUGGACUCCGAUCUGGGCAUCGCCGACAUUUCUUAUGCAACCGCGUGGCAGUUGGGUCGGGCCAUGGCGAUGGCUGACCGCUCGUUUUCGCAGGCACUGGUGAACUUCCGGAAUGAAGCCCACUCGAUGGCACUGGCGGGCGCGAAAGCAGAGUACUUGGGCUCGAAGGGCUCUUACAAGAGUCGAAUGGAUGUCCUCAAUGGAUUGCACGACUUGAUCGCCGCAUUGAGCGACGUCUCCAAUUUAGACCAUCUUUCCACGAAAAAGAGGUCUAUGAGAACAACCGCUGCACACGUGGACUUAUCCUUGGACAACCCCGAGCUUCAAGUACUUUAUGAACAACAUCUUGUCAUGGCCGUGCAAAAGUUGACGGGAGUACCGCUCUCAUCCAACGAUCCCGGAGAGUUGAAAUUUGAGACAUCCUCAAAUUGGCCGGUGCUGAUAGAGUGGCUUUUGGACCGCAUGAAGCUGCUCAAUCUCCCCGCAAUCUACCUGGUAAACAUGCCUGAAAAUCUGCCAAAGGAAAGCAUCCGCUUCUUCCAUCUUGAUCAGAACUGGGUUGCAGCUCAGAUUGACGGGGCGCUUUCUGUUGGCAAUGUCUUGAGCCGCCCAGACGCAGAGGGACCGCAAACCACCCUGCUGGAUAAAGUACGUCAAGAAAUCAAGGCGCAUUUUGCCCUCUACAUUAAGGCUGCCCCGAAUGUGGCAGCGCUAUGUCCAAAUGGCGGUUUUUUCAUGCGUUCAACUGUGGUCAAGUCAUUUCCCGACCUCAUAAUCACAUCCGCCAAUGCAAAUACGCAGGUACUGUCCACUUGGAGUCUCGCAGAAGACGUCCUGGUCACUUGGAUGCGCAGAUCAGAUUCACCCAACGUUAAGCCUUCUAAAACAGCGAUUAUUAUAUCGCAACCGCCACAUCAGCAGAGAUUUGCCCUCGGCUCCAGCCUUAAGAAGGAUGCUUUAAUCUUUCCAUACAAUAAGGUAUAUACCAUACCAAAAGACGCGCCUGAAGGGGUGUGGGGAGCUACAGGAGUAGUAGAUAAUUUUGCUCCCCCUCACAAUCCUAAAGGAAGCAAUGGAACUCAGCUUCCGAUUUACGAUUGGGAUUCUCGCACCAUCCAGGUUCAAAAUUUGGCAGAUACGGUGUUGAAGGUCUUGCAGGCGAAAAUGACCGUAGGCUUCGACCUCACCACCACCCUCACGUCUGCGGUCAUGGCCUUGCAGUUGAACGACCCUGUGUAUCAACUUCGCUUCGAAGAACCUACAUCGGGAGAAUGGGGUCCUUCAGCUAUGUACGGGAGCCACUUCAAGCCAAUCCAGGCUGCGAGAGCUUCAACGGUAGAGGCUCCCAAGGCCUCUCUUGUAACAAAGCCCACGAAACCCGUAGCGGCUCCAUCCCCAGUAGGUAUCAGCAAAGGAGAUACAAGUCUCUCGGUUUCCGACAUCCGACCUCCCCAUGUCCCCCCUUGCCCUCGUCUACCUCCAUAUAUGGUCUCAGCCGGUCCAAUUUCAGAAACAAGUCCACCCGGCUUUUCCAGCUGUCUCUCGCUCGACGUGUUUGCCAACCAGCCCUCACGAAAUCCAGGAGGAAUACCUACCAGCAUAUACUUUCUCGACAUUGUCUUCUCCCUGAAACCCAAGAAUGCAAAACCAGGCCUCAAAGUUCGAUCCAUCUCCAUUAGCUUCCCUGUUGGGAGCCCUAGCGGGAACCCUGGGUCCGUCCCAAUACUGACUCAGAAGUAUGACGGCCCCGGUCCAAUAAUGCUGGGCAACAGUCGGUUCAACGCCGUGCUCAGUCCUACAGUCAGUCCCGGGUCGAGGCAGACGUCGCUCGUUAUAACAUUGUCACCAAGGACAAUGUCGGAUACUGUUCUCUUUGACAGCAACCCUGAUUUCUCAUGUUUGUUGCGGCAGGUUGCCGUGGAUACUACUACGACCGGAAGUGUUGCUUUCACAUUGACAGAACAGUAUAUUCUACCGUCUGGGUCGAAUGCUACGGCUCAGAGUUCGUUGAGUGUUGCGAAAGUGGCGUCCUAAAUAGGAGAAAAUUACUAGGCUUAUGCUUGAUUAAUAUUCUGCAUUUGAUGGAUUAAUUCUUCUAGCUUGCGCGUGUUAUAUACAUAUACCAGUAGUUUGCUGAUGUCAACAUUCCUAGAGACAAAAGUCCUAUAUUUUGCAAAAGCUGAACGUGGGCUGAAGAAUGUCAAAC